AUGACCAGAAUCAUAUUGCCGAGGGGGCUAAGAUCCCAGAAAGCCUCGUGGUCUGUCUUAUACAAACAUGGUACCUCCGGAAAUGUCGCCCCGUUCUCGACGUCUUUUCGACGCUGGAGCUAUGCCGACACAAUCAACAACCUCAAGAUCGGCAAGCAUACUCGCGUGCUCUAUCAGGGCUUUACCGGACGCCAGGCAACGAUGAAUGCCCAAGAAUCACUCGAGUUCGGUACAAACAUCGUUGGCGGUGUCAAGCCCGGAGUGGAGGGUGAGCAUCUGGGUCUACCAGUCCUUCCUAGUGUCAGGGCCGCCGUGGAGAAGCUCAAGCCUGACGCCAGCGCCAUCUACGUCCCUGGAAAUGGGACCGUCACGGCCAUGGAGGAAGCCAUCGAGAACGAAAUACCCCUCAUCGUCGCGGUUGCCGAACACAUACCCGUACACGACAUCUUGAGGGUACACCAAAUGCUACGAACACAAUCAAAGACGAGGUUGGUUGGCGCAAAUUGUCCCGGAAUCAUAAAUGUCCACGGCCGCUGUCGUCUAGGCUUCCAGCCUCUCCCAUUCUUCACUGAAGGCAACAUCGGCAUUAUCGCCAAGUCAGGUACGUUGAGCUAUGAAGCUGUCGCAUCUACGACACGAGCGGGACUGGGACAGACAUACGCAAUCAGCAUGGGCGGUGAUGUGCUGGCGGGAACGACAUUCACGGAAGCAUUCCAGAUCUUGGUCGAAGAUGAGAAGACUGAGGGCAUCAUCAUGAUCGGCGAAGUCGGGGGAAGCGCCGAGUUGAGGGCUGCAGACUGGAUCAAAGAAUACCAGCGGCGGACUGCAAACCCCAAGCCCUUCAUGUCGGUCAUUGGAGGUGUCGAGGCUCCACCUGGGCGGAUCAUGGGUCAUGCAGGAGCAUGGGCUGCUCCCGGAGAAGCAACCGCGGCACAAAAAAUCAAAAUUUUGGAAGACGCCGGAGUGAAAGUCGUGGACCAUCCAGAAAAGCUGGGAGAAGGCAUGAAGAAAUUGCUUGCUGAGCGGUCCAAAUCAGGUUCAAACAGCAGAGUCGGGUCUCCGAGUGCAUCGCAGAAAAGAGGCUACCAUACCAUGCGAAGGCGGCCGAGACUCGUUGAUACCAGCAUCACUCCUCAGCAACGGCGUAACUUGUACAUCAAACCUGCGCAAGCCUUUGACAUGUUGAAGCAGAGGGGGAUACCCACCGUCGACAGCCCCACCGGGCUUCAGGAGAAGUUCAUUGCCAUCUCCAUUGAUCGGGAAGCACGACAGCCUUGCAUCAUCGCAUCACCCACCACAGAUCCUUCGCAAGCGUUCCUCAAGUCUAAAAAGUUCCCCUUUGCUUACGGGACUGAUGAGGCGACUUCAGAUGCAAUGCUUCAGACGGUAUCAGCACAUUUGGGUGUUUCUGGAAAGGGUCAGCAUUCCCUGGGCAGACUUGUUACCGAGCUGGUCGACCUCUUCAUGUCCAAAGAAGCCUUUGUACUACAGACAAGGAUCGUGAUUGACAAUGAAGGAGGUCUCCAAGUCCAAGGCGCCAAGUUUGGGUUCGACGAUGCGGCUUUCAGAAGCUCAGGGCGACAGGCAGAUAUCCAUGCCCUGCGGGACAUCGAAAGUGAAGUGCGUGAAGAAGUCGAGGCUGAGAAAGACGGCAUGAUAUACGUAAAGCUAGCAGGAGAGGGCACGCUUGGAACUAUUGUGAACGGCGCAGGGCUAGCCAUGAACACGGUUGAUGCAUUGGUGGCUCGAGGUGGACAUCCAGCAAACUUUAUGGACACCGGCGGGAAAGCCACAUCCGAUACCAUCAAGGCGGGCUUCCGGAUCGUUACAUCGGAUCCUCGAGUCAAGUGCAUAUUCGUGAAUAUCUUUGGGGGUUUGACUUUGGGCGACAUGAUCGCCCGAGGGAUUCUGUUGGCGUUUAAGGACUUGAACCUCCAGGUCCCGGUGGUAGUUCGCAUUCGCGGAACCAGAGAGGCCGAGGGACAGAAGCUCAUCCGGGAAAGUGGUCUCAAGCUGGAUGCAUUUGGUAAGUGGAACGCCGCUUUGUGUGAACCAGACCUGGAUAGUAACCACUGCCACAGAUUCUUUCGAAGAAGCAGCCGCUCGCGCAAUCGCAUUAGCAAACGGAACAGCAAAGAUGGAAUGAAAAGGGAAGGUUACACAUAUAUGCACAACUUGCAGAGCUCGGCGAUGGUAUCAGAGGUAUAUGUUUCGCACGUCGUCUGUAGAUCACCUGAUGCGGCAUGUUUGGAUUGCAAUGCGGGAGUUGCACCGUGUGACUGA